AUGGGUAAUGGUGUCUUUUAACGACGCGCCUCUCUGAAGCUGGCUCGGUAAACAACUACAUAUCCCAUGUGUCUUCGCUACAGUUGUAGUUUGUUGUUGUUACAACCCGCAAAAACUGGAAGCAAGUGAUGGAGUUUCCUGAAGAUUUCAACCAGCUCGAGCUGCUGAACACACAUGGACACCUGAUCCCCCGAGGGGCCAGCAGUCUGUGGACCGGAAGCAAGGAGGAAGAGGAAGAGGUGGAAGAAGACGACGAAGAGGGGGAACGCAGUGAAGAGUGGUAUCUGGAAAAAGAAGAAACUCUCAAAGACAAUCCAAAGGAGCUAACUCUGUGGGCAGCGGAAAACAAUCGCCUGUCGACACUCCACAGGUUGUUAGCUGCUCAUCCUUUGCUGGUGCACUGCUGCGAUGAGGACGGUUACACUCCACUGCACCGUGCAGCAUACGGCGGCCACGUGGAAGCGGUUUCCGGUUUACUCGCCGCCGGGUCGAAGGUGAACCCUCGCACCAUCGACGGGUGGACGCCCCUCCACAGCGCCUGCCGCUGGAGCCGCGUCACGGUGGCGAGUCUCCUCCUGCAGCACGGAGCCGAGCUGAACGGCCAGACCAACGGCGGCCUCACGCCGCUGCACCUGGCCGCUUCUCACGCCAGCUCCGUGAAAACAGACUCCGCUCACACGUUAGAGCUCCUCCUCUCUCAGCGACACCUGAAGCCGGGGCUCCGCAGCAGCAGCGGAGAGACGGCCAGCGAGGUGGCCCGACGCAGUGGCCCCCACCACUUCCUGUUUGAGAUGGUGGAAGACUGUGUCAGUGUGGUCCCCGUGACAUAAACGAGAACACAGCUGCACACGGUUCUUUACAUCCCGUCCUCGCAAUGCUUCACAGCACGACCAUGAAACUUCAUUUCACAGCAGACAUGAACUCGAGUGCUCCCACCAGCUCCAUCCCCACCAAACACUGACUGACUCAUGAAACCUUUUUCUGUCAGCAUGACAUGAACCGACUGCACUGAUGGAUGCUGCUGUACAGAGACGCACAUUAGUGUAUUAAGGACAGCACUUUGUCCUUUCUACAAAGUCUCCAACGCCUGCAUGGAAACAUAUCAAGAAGAGGUGAUACACUGGUACUGACGACAACUGUGAUAUUUAAAUAAACAGAACAAUGAUAUCAUGUAACUAAUGCACAGAUAAUAUGGUGUGGCUGUUCUUUGUGUACACUUGUGUAAUUCAUUUGCCAAAAAUGAAACAAACACAAUAAAAGUUAAAGAUGAAUUCA